GACAAAACAAAUGGCUCCACUUAAUGAUGGUCACCCAAACAGCUCCGCAAAGUGUGCGCUCAGCAGCAGAGAGCUGGCUGCUCGCUCCGGGAACCCAAAAAUCCUCCCUGGCUCCUGGGCAGAGCUUCGGCACGGGGGUGCACGUGUUGCUGCAGCUGGAGACAAAAGCAGUCUGAAGCCGUGCCUGCUGCCUUCGGGAUUUCUCCUGCCCCUCCUGCCCCCCCAAAACCCAGCUGUGGGCAGUUGCAGGGACUGGCAGGAGUGGGUGAAGUUGCUCCAUCCCCCCCCAUCCCUUUCCUCCUCCUCUUCCUCCUCCUCUCUCUUCUUCCAGGAAAGGCACCCUGCCAGCGGCCGGGGUGGUCUGUCUGUCCAGGGCUGUACAUCUGUCCGUCCCCGCCAGGCACGCCGGCUGUAAUCAUCCUGCUCUCUGCAGGUGACCUCCCCGUCGACAGACUCCCAGGAAGAUGCCAGGGCUGAUUAACCGGACAACCCGCUUCCCGCUCCCACUCACCGUGUCGGAGGUGACAUCGUGUGUCAGCGGCUAUGCCUUUGGGAUGACAGCGUCCCUCACCUACCGCAACCCAGAAACACAGGCUGUUGAAGGACUGUUCGUGUAUCCCUUGGAUGAGUGCACCACCGUGGUGGGGUUCGAGGCAGCCGUGUCGCGACGUGCCGUGACGGUGCAGAUCAAAGACAAAGCCAAGAUGGACGAGACGUAUUUCGACGGCUGCAGCCUCCCUGAUGGAAGAGCUCGUGAUGGAAGUGGAAGGAUCAUGAUGGAUGAGGACUUGGAGAGGAUUGUUUUUGUAGCUAACCUGGGCAUGAUUCCUCCCCUGGAAAGCGUCUCCAUCUUCAUCAGCACCUCCUCUGAGCUGCAGACACUGCCCAGCGGGGCCAUGAGGGUCCUUCUGCCAGCUGUGUGUGUCCCCAAAGUCCCCCAGCCCAGCCUGGAGAAUGCCAGCAGCCUUUCCAGCCACCAGCUCCAAAUGGACAAGCGCUUCUGCAGAUCAGGGAGCCCGGAGCAAGGGAGCAGGUUGUGCCUGGCUCAGCUGCUGGAGGACGAAGCCACCAACCCCUUCGAGUAUGAGUUCAGCUUCCAGCUGGAGAUCCGAGGACCGUGCUUGCUGGCAGGCGUUGAGAGCCCCACACACGAGAUCCGAGCAGAUGCCGACCCCUCUGCUCGCUCCGCCAAGAGCAUUGUCAUCACAUUGGCUGAUAAGCACACCUUCGACAGACCCGUGGAGAUCCUGAUCCACCCAAGCGAGCCACACAUGCCUCAUGUCUUAAUGGAAGAAGGUGAUAUGACGCCUGCAGAGUAUGAACAACACCUGAAGGGGAAGAACGAUUUCAUUAAAGGCACUAAGAAGGACCCCAGUGCUGAGAAAAAGACGGAAAUCAUCAGGAAGCGGCUGAACAAGGACAUCCCCCACCACCCUGUUGUCAUGCUCAACUUCUGCCCUGACUUGAGGACCGUCCAGCCCGACCUCCAGCAAGCCCAGCGGGAGUUUAUCUUCCUCGUUGACCGCAGCAGGAGCAUGAGCAGGGUGAACAUCACCCGCGUUAAGGAGGCCCUGUUGGUCAUUCUCAAGAGCCUGAUGCCAGCGUGUCUCUUCAACAUCAUUGGCUUUGGAUCCACCUUCAAGACCCUUUUUCCUGCCAGUCAGACUUAUUGCGAGGAGAGCUUGGCCAUCGCCUGCGAGAGCAUCAAGAAUAUCCGGGCUGAUAUGGGUGGCACCAACAUCUUAUCGCCUUUGAAGUGGGUCAUUCGACAGCCCAUCCACAGGGGCCACCCCCGCCUGCUCUUUCUGCUGACGGACGGAGCCAUCAGCAACACGGGGAAGGUUCUGGAGCUGCUGCGGAACCAUUCUUGCUCCACCAGGUGCUACAGCUUCGGCAUCGGGCCGAACGCCUGCAGGAGGCUGGUGGGGGGGUUGGCUGCCGUGUCCAGGGGUAUUGCUGAGUUCCUGGUGGACAGCGAGAGGCUGCAGCCCAAGAUGAUCAAGUCGCUGAAAAAGGCGAUGGCUCCGGUUCUGAGCGACGUGUCCGUGGAGUGGGUCUUUCCUGAGAGCACCGAGGUCUUGGUUUCUCCCAUCAGUACCAGUUGCCUCUUCCCUGGUGACCACCUGGUUGGCUACGGCAUUGUCUGCGACACCUCCCCAUACAUCUCCAACCCCCGAUCGGACAAGAGGCGACGUUACAGCAUGAUGCGGUCCCAGGAGUCGGGCAGCUCCGUUUUCUUUCACUCCCAGGAGGAAGGAGCAGGCAUGGAGAGCUGGAACCACUCCAGAGACUCGGAGAGCUGCUGCCCCGCUGAGCGUGGCCCCGAUCAGCUGGUGGUGGGCAGAGAUCCCGGGGGAGAAUCCGACACAGACACCGGCAUGGACAUCAAGGUUUCCUCCAGGAGACGGGCAUUCAGCACCCCCCAAAUCGCUGACCACGAGCCUUGCAAAAAAGUGCCUACAGCCAGUGAUCCCAGCAGCACCCUGGUGAAAAACCCCCUUCGGAAAACCCACCGGCAGGACCUGCAGCAGGUCAGCCCCGAGCCCUGGCAGGUGGAUUUCCAGUCCUUCGCAGCCACCUCGCUCAUCUCUGCCACAAGGAUCUCUGGCACGGGUGCCCGGAGGCCAUCCCUGCUCCCUCACAGCUGUGUGUCCUUCUGCCACGACGCUGACUCCUCAUCGGUGCUGGACGGGCUGCAACAAGCAGAUCUGGGAAGGGACUUAGGAACGUUCAAUGCCAGCGCAAGCCUGAGGUCUUCAUCAGAUAGCCGGAGCCCCGGGGAACUGGACUCUGCCCAGCAUCCUUCCUUCACGUUUGAAACAGAGACCUCCUCUGACUGGGAGCCCCAGGACUGGGACUUUGGCUCUGCCCGGGGCUCCCCGCACUCCCCCAGGACCCUCUGCAAGGCGGUGGUGAAGGGCCUGAGGAGCAAUGAGCCUGUGCAGUGGGAAGUCACCUUUGAUAUCCGCCCUCUCUUCCGAGAGCGGGAAAACCAGGCGGAUGGUGACGCAGACCUGUGGACCGAGACCUUCCACCACCUGGCAGCCAAGUCGGUGAUCCGGGACUUCGAGCAUCUUGCUGAGAAAGAGUGUGAAAUAGAGCAUGGGUCUGGGCGGAGGUAUCAUGUCAACGCUGUCCACACCAGCAAGGCCUGCAACGUUAUCAGCAAGUACACGGCGUUUGUGCCAGUGGACCUGAGCGCCAACACCUACCUGCCCACUGUUGUCGAGUACCCCAACAUGGGGGCAGCAUCCAAGCAAGGCAGCCAGAGGAGCCAGAGCUCAGGAACCAGAAGACAUCGUGGCUUUUCCCAGGGAUGUCCCCAGUCAGCUUGUGGCCAGAAUGGAGACGAUGGAUUUUAUGGCAUGAAUGCCGAGGAGAGCAGCCUGACUCCUUCCAGCACCCCAUCACCCCAUGGCGGGGAGCGCUGCGGUCUCCCCGAAGGGCUGUUACAGAGCCUGUCUGCUCCCUCUGCACAAGCCCAAAAAUCCAUUGAGAACCUCUUUGCUGCAAGGUUGACCCUCAAUAAAACCAGGCUGCUGACCCGAGCCGCCAAAGGGUUCAUGAGCAAAUCUGCAAGCAGAGCAAGCGAAGCCAGCUCCGAGAGUGACAAUGAGAACACCGACUACUUUCCCCUGGUAUCUCUGCAGCUGGCCUGUGGUGCCUUUCUCCUCAACUCGGCCUUCUGCAAUGCCGUCAACAUCCCCAUGGAGAAGCUGAAGUGGACGUCUCCCUUCACCUGCCACCGCCUGGCCCUCAGCCCCUCCAGCUCCUACAGCUCCAAGAAGACCAGCCCCACCGGGGAGCACAAAACCCUCAGCUCUAGCCGGCAGCUCCUGGUUCCCGAUGGCCACGGGAAGAGUCCCACCACCAGAGACAUCACUCUGGAGGGUGCAGAAGACACUGGCCGCCUUCGCCACUUCUCGGGCAGCGCAGUGGAGAGCAUCUCCAAAGCUCUGAGAGCUGAGAAGGAACUUUCCCCACCGGCCAUCACCAUCCGCCGCUUCUCCUCCCCAGAGAACACAUCAUCUUUGGCUGAAUGGCAAGGUGACAGCGGCCGGGGCUCGGAGACAGAUGGUUCUGAGGUCCAAGAGUUGCUUUUCGACAUCGAGUUGCAGCAGCAGACGGAGCCGGAGGGGAUGUUGUGGGCCACAGCGGUGGCCUUGGCUUGGCUGGAGCACAGCUCAGCAUCCUUCUUCAUCGAGUGGGAGCUGGUGGCUGCCAAAGCCAGCCUGUGGCUGAGCCAGCAGGACUUCCCGCAGGGAUACAGCCUGGCCACUGUCAAAGCUGCAGCCCAGCAGCUCUUUGUCCUGCUCCGGCACUGGGAUGAGAACCUGGAAUUCAACCUACUGUGCUACAACCCCAGCAGUGUGUAAGGAGGACAAGGAGAGGGGCUCAGGCAGCGCAGGAGCAGGGGUCCAUCCCUGAGGAAACACCUCCAAGGAGCUCAGCUCCUCUGCUGCAGGAACAGUGUGUUUAUCAGAGCAAACCCUGCAAACAGAACCAGCCUGGAUGAAAUUCUGCGCUCAGUGGUUGGUAUUUUGCCCCGGGAGGGCACCUGCUGCCUGCCUGCAGGAGGAUGCGGUUUAUUUUUAACUGAAGCAGCACCUCCAGCUACAGCAGAUCCUUCUGAUCCUUGUUUCUCCUGGUUUUCAGCCCUGUUUCAGGGCAGGUCUCUCCUGCUUGGCUUGUCCUGUCCUUGCUUGUCUGCCUCUGCCCAGCCCCAAAUCUCUGCCAAGCCCCUGCUGCUGUCCGCUGUCCCUGAGCUGCUGCUCUCCUGAGGCUCCUGCCAUCUCAGAUGCCUUUUGGUGAUGGUGAACAUCUGACAACACGCUCAUGUCAUGGACCAAAGAAAAUCCAGGCUGGGAUAGACCACAGGGGCUGGAGCACAAGUGUGAUGGAGAGGCUGAGGGACCUGGGGGGUUCAGCUGGAGAACAGGAGCUGAGGGGAGACCUUCUGAUCUCUGAACUGCCUGAAAGGAGCUUGGAGCCAGGGGGGUCGGGCUCUGCUCCCCAGGAACAAGCGCCAGGAGCAGAGGAAACGGCCUCAAGUUGCGCCAGGGGAGGGUGAGGUUGGAUGUGGGGAACAAUUUCUUCCCCAAAGGGCUGUGGGGCAUUGGAACAGGCUGCCCAGGGCAGUGCUGGAGUCACCAUCCCUGGAGGGUUGGACAGACGGACAUGAGGUUCUCAGGACAUGGGGCAGUGACAGGGGUCAGGGAACGGUUGGACUCCAUGAUCUUGAGGGGCUUUUGCAACCAAAAUGAUUUUGUGAUUUUAGGAUGGUCCGUACCAGCACAUGCAGAGGAUGACUCUCCUUAAACCGGUUGCCUGGGACACCCCAGCAGGCAUGGGGACACUCACUGUCACCGCCUGCAAGGAUCUGGGUGCCCUCACCACCACUCCUCCCAAUUCUCUGCCAGCUGGGGAGGCCCUGAGCUCGCUGUCCAGCCCCAGCAGCAUGGGGUCCUGCCCGGUGCCCCCCAGGACAGGCUUUUCUGCAGGAUCCAGCUCCGUGGAUCAAAUGCCUACGGAGGGAAUCACCCAUCGUCACCUCUGGCGUGGCUGCAGCGCCCAUGGAGCCCAUCCAAAACCUGUUGCCUUUCACCCCUCCCUCUUGCCAUGUUUCAGCAGGUUUCUGUUACAUGUCUGUGUGUCUCAGGAGGGAAAAUGGGAGGGAAAUUUGUGCUGGGGACCACGAGCAUCCCUCUGCUCUCUGCUCGCGGUGUCACCUCUCUGGUGUCCCCAGCGCAGUGAUGCUCGGUGACAUUGCAGGUUUGCCGGCUAGGUGUCUGGGCGUGGUUGUGUUCUGUGUUGCAGAAGUGUUGUUGUCCCAGUAAAUCACAGCCUGCUUGACUGCC